AUGGCUCAUUUAUGGAAUUCAUUUGAAUUAUAAUAUCGUUUGAAUUGUUUAUCUCUUUCAAAACAUAUUUUUGAUGAUGUAUGUCAACAACAUUUACCAUUUCUUAUUGAUCGAAUAAUUACAUUAAAACUUUCAGACGAUUCAUCAACUACUGGACAAAUCGAUCAUUUCUUAUCUUAUAUUUCAUCAUUAUCAUUAUUAACUAAUUUACGAUAUUUAACAUUGUUAAACAUCCAUUCACGUGAAACUUUAAUCAAGCUCGUUAGUGAAUUUUGUAAUCUUUCAAAUGUAACAUAUUUAAAUAUUUCAUUUCGUUGUUAUGAAAAUGAUGAAAUAGAUUUUGAAAUGAUUAUUGAUAAUAUUUGGAGUUUACCAAAACUUAUUCAUUGUCGAUAUACAAUUUAUAUUAGAAAUCUAUCGAGUUUUUUAUUACCAACAAAAGUUUGUUCAACUCUAAAAAUUUUUUAUUUAUUUGGUCAACAAAUUCAAUAUAAUAAAAUAUUUCAAUUAUACGAAUGUGCUCCAUCUCUCAAACAUCUUCGAGUAUCUGUUACAAUCAAUGAUAAUGUGAACGAAAAUCGAAUGUCAUCUCUUUUAACAUUAACUAAAUUACGAAUGGUAACCUUUCAUUCGUCAAUAUUCAUGAGUUUAUUCGAAUAUCUUCCUAAUCUAUGUCAUUUACAAAUUACACUGUCUUGUUAUUUGAUAACUGGUGAUCGAUGGGAACAUCUUAUAUGUAAUUAUUUGCCAAAAUUGAAGACCUUCAAAUUGAGAAUGUCCGAUGAUCUUCCUGUUAAUGAUAAUAUUGAAGAACGAGCUGAUGAAUUAAUCAAUUCAUUUCGAAGUUCAUUUUGGAUUAAAGAACGUCGUUGGUUUGUUCGUUGUUAUUCAUUUCAUAAAAAACUUCAUCUAGAAACGUUAUCGAAACAGUUUUUUUACAUGGAAGAUAGUUUUCCACAUAUAUGGAGAUCAACUUAUCCAAAUGAUGAUCAUGAAAUAUUCUAUAAUAGUAUCACUCAUAUUUCUGUUGAAACAUUUUUCAAUCAAUCAUUUCCAUCUUAUAUUCGUUUACAUAAUCUUAAUACAUUACACAUCAAAUUUCCUCUAAAUGAUCAAUUCUGGUUGAUUGUUUCAAGUUUGAAAAAACUUCGAAGACUUCACAUAAAAUCCUUUACUAAAGAAUAUCAAUAUCAAUUACAACGAUUACUGAAUCAAGCAUCGGAUCUUCAAUUUUUAUCUAUUGAUCAAGACGGAGCAUCAUUAUCAUUUGGUAAAUUUAUGAAUAAAUCUAUUGAUGAACUUGAUUUUCAAUGUUUAAAUGAAGUAUUUAAUGAAGAAGAAUGUAUAAAUUUGUGUCAAUCAUCAUUAGGUAUUCAAUGUAAAAUCCUUACUAUUUCAGUAACAAUACGUCAAUCUAUUCUUAUUCUUAUUCAAAAUAUGACCAAUCUUCAAGCAUUACAUAUUCAAUAUAAUGAAUAUACAUCAAAUUCAAAGUCAAAUGAAAUUAUUCAAUGGUUAAAAACUCAAAUAGCAUCAACAUCUUGCAUUAAUCAAGAUCGGAAAUUAAAUAAUUAUUUACAUAUAUGGAUUUAA